AUGCUUCAAGCCAUCAAGGACAAGGACGCCGUGGAGCUCCGACGUGUUCUGGAUGCUGCUGUAGAGGCGGAGGUGAAGCUCCCGGGCCUGGAGGCGGCCCGCAGGAAGCUUGCAGAAUGGAGGACGGCUUCACCAGAAGACUCGGAAGAGCGUUCUGGAAGGACUGCAGAGACUCUGCGUCUGCGGAUCAUUCUGCCAGAUGGAAGGAGAGGAUGGCUUCCUGUUGAUCCUGAGGACCACGGCAGCAAGGUGCUGGGCAGCUUGCCGCAGGAGCUGGCGAGUGGCGACAUGCACUUCUUCCUUGGAUUGGAGGCGUCGCCGAAGGGUGCGGUGACUCUUCUCGAGGAGGUGGUGUUUUCCCUCGACAGGAAGCUCGGUGACCAGCCGAAGUUCCUUGCUCAGGGUGCAGCUCUCUGUGUUUGUCCCGGUCAGAGGAGCUCUUCGGAGUCUGUGGAGGACAGGCCAUCCGAUCCCACCAGCCCACUUUGGCAGAGCGUCAUGAGGGCAGUGUCGGAGCCCUUUCCCACUUUCGCCAAGGUCGAGAAGCUUCUGGAGGACACGAGCGGCUGGCCAGCCGUGGUCCUUGCGUGGGGCGGUCUCGAGGACGUGGGCGUAGCCGAGAGAAGUCCCGAGGCGGUGCAGGCUGUGGGUGCAUGUCGUGCGAUCUUUACCGGGAAGGUGACGACGGCCGUGCUGCCGUCUCUUGGUGUACCGACGACCUCCGUCAUCGUAGACGAUGCCAGGGCCAGCAGCGCGGACAUCGCUCGCAUCCUUGGAGAGAUAGAGGUUGGUGGAGUACAACGUCCGUUGUUGCUGGUCGUGGUGUGCCGUGCCUUCCUGAGCAGGAGGCUUCUGCAAAGCUUUCGGCAGCACCUGCCACAGGAUGUCACGCUCUUCCCGUCCCCUCCUGCCACCUUGAUGCGCGCCUGCAUGGAGGAGGUGCCGGUCUUCGAGUCUGAGAUCCUGGAAGAGGCCUCGAGGCUGCGGUCCGAGGGCGUGGUCCGACUUACGGAGAGGUUCCAAGCCGCGUUGGCCAGGUUGCAGGCGUCGCCCGAAGUCGCGGGUGGAAGCGCGGGAAAAAGCGCAGUUGUGCUCACUCGCAUUGACAGAGUGGAGGAGAGCAUCACGAAAGCCGGAGGUCAAGCCUCGGCCUCCAUGGCCGACCGAGAGAUGAAACUUCGACAGGUUCUCGAUAAAAAGAUCGAGGAUGUUUGCAUGAAGCUCGACGUGCCACGAACUGCGGUCCACUUCAUUGAGAAUUAUCAUAGCGGCGUAGUUGGCCUGGAGCAGGAGGUGCGCAACAUCUCUGUGGACUUCCAUGCCCUCAAGAUUCUUUCCCAGUGUUGCAGCCAUGCAGAUGCUUUCAUCGCGCAGGCUCUGCGCGACAUCAGGGCCCCCGCAUGUGCGAUUCAAUGA